UCCCACAAUGCAUCUGGACUCGUUCAUUUACAGUUCACUCUACGGUACCGAAGCAAGCGUGCGUGGUCGACAUGGCUCAAGGUAAACAGAAAUUUAAAGCGCAAAGACCUGGCGGUGGGAAGAAACAGGCUCAGAAACCAAAAGGUCCAAAGAAAGGAGGCAGGAUUAUCGCACCCAAGAAAACACAAGUGGUCCAGCAACAGAAACUGAAAAAGGGUCUGGAGGUGGCCAUCAGGAACAAGAUUGAGCAGGAGGUGACCCAGAAAGCCAGCACCUCCAUGCACAAGCGCCUCAACGUGCUCAAGGCUCCCGAGAGCAAGGCAGGAGCGGCUGCUUCCGCCGCCGGAUCCUCGUCCAAAUAACACACACACACACACACCCAUACCAUACACACACACACACACACACACACACACACACACACACACACACACACACACACACACACACACACACACACACACAGAGGGUAGUAGACUGUGAAAUGUGUCUAACCCAGGUCUGACAAGAGCAACCCCCAUCCUCAUCCUGGUGUUGUGUUUUUGAACCAAAAUAUUUACAGAUUUACAGUUGAUGUUAGGAAUCUGUAGAGUUGAAGUGAUGUAUUUGGGAUCAUCAAUUCAUGAGGUGGGCAAAGUCUAAAAGUCUGACAGUGUGGCUCUUGUAGCAGGCCUGAGAAACUAUUGAGUUUGUUUGUUUCAUUUUUUUUUUCUUUUUUUUUAAAUGUGACCUGAACAUUGCAGCUACCACUGUGAAUGUUUUGUAUUAAAUGUAUUUGUAGUGUGUAUAUGGCCACCAGGUGGCAGCCUAGAGUUGUGGGAUUUCAGCUCAGUCCAAAACACAUGCAACACAAAAGUUACCGACCCCAGAUUUUUCUGUACAGAGAUCUUUUAUGAAAUUAUGGCACAUUAAAUAUAUAACCCAA